GGCUGGUUCGAUUUGACACAUUGAUUUCUCGAGUUCACGAUUUGGCGCAAUUUGAAUUGAAUUGAAAUUAUAAAUAAAAACAACUCCAAAUACUAAGAUAAUGGCUACGCCGAAAAGUGAGAAAGAUUUUAAUUUACCACUAUCAAGAGUAAAAACUAUAAUGAAGAGUUCGCCUGAUGUAGAAGCAGUUGGGCCCGAACCUCUUUAUUUAGUAACGAAAGUGACCGAACUCUUUGUAACAGACUUGGCCAAAAGGGCUCACAAAUACAGUAACGGAAACAUGCUAGAAUACAAACACAUUGCCGAAGUAGUACAAAGCGAUGAUACCUUGGACUUCCUGCGAGAAAUUAUGCCAAAGAAAAUCACUGUACGGCAAUUUAAAGAAUUGAUGGCAAAAAAGGCAGCAAAAGGUGAAGAUUCCGAUGAAACUUCUUCGGACUCCAGUGAGGAGGAAAGCACGGAAGAGAGCUCCAGUGGAAACGAUCAAGACUGACACAAAAGGAACAAAUAAUAGGUUAAGUUUUUAUGAAACUCUGAAAUUGUAAUUGGUAUUAAAAUCCAUUGCUGGCUAUACACUGUUGGUAAACAGUUCAUCAAACUUUGCCCAAUUUGGCAUACAUUGCUGGUUUUUCAUUGAGGUAAAUACAGGCUCUCAUACAAACUUUGCAAUGUUCAUUCAUUUGCCUAACCCUCAGUUUGAGUUUGGGGAUAGUGUGUAGCUGACAUCGGACCCACAAUACAAGCUGCAUUGCUUGUUAUGUGGGUCUGAUGUCGGUUCAUAGCAAUGUGAAGAAUAACAAAAGUGAUGUUAAGUAACUAUCAUGUAUUAAGAAGUCAUGAGUAAGUAUAGAAAAUCUGAAAUUAUAGUAUUAGUUCAAUAAAUUUCACAAUAUAGUGUGUCACUUUUUAAAACUCCUGGUGAUGUAUGAACUCUGACACUCUUCCACUAUUUUGAAACUUUAUUUUGUAGUGUGGAAAUUACCAAAUUUAUCAUUUAUCAUCUAUUUAUUUCUUCACCCACCUAUAUGUAAAUUGACAGAACAAUGGCUACAACGUUAUUAAGUAAAUAGUGUGUUAUAUGUGUGGUUUAAGUUUCCCAUUUUGAUGUGUUGACUAAAGCUGUUACAUUUUGUGCAUGUUGACUGUUUUUUUGUAAAUUAAUAGGAUACAUUAAUUGUAAGUAACUUGACUAUGAAAUCAUUUUUCCAAUAAAUAUAGUAUUAUGUGAAUA